GGGCCCCCCAGUCACCGGCUGCCCGGUCUCCCUGCAGCGUUCGCCGCAGCGGCCGGCCCCAAAAGCCUGCACCAGGACUACAGCGAGGGCUACUCCUGGUGCCUACAGGAGGCCGUGCAGUUCCUGACGCUGCACGCGGCCAGCGACACGCAGAUGAAGCUGCUCUGCCACUUCCAGCGUCCCCCCGCUGCGCCCACUGCGCAGGCCAAGGAACCCAAGGCCGCCGGCCCUGCGCCCCCGCCCGUGCUCACCCCCGCCAAGGCUACCGCAGUUGCAGCACGCCAGCCCACCUGCGGCCUCUGGCGGCCCUGGUGACCCCGCAGGACUUGCGGGUGGCCACCCCAAGGACCGGAGGGCCAGCCAGCCUAUUCCUCUGGCCAUCCAUCUGUCCCUCCUGGGGCUUGGACAGGCCCCCUUCUCCGGAAGGCUCUCUCUCCAGGCUGGCAGGCCAGCAGGAGGGUCAUUCUCAAGAGAAUGUGCUUUUGCAGAGUCCUUGUCACUUAGGACAAUCAGGGCCCACCUUCUGCCAAGUGUCUGACUCCAUGGGGUUGUUCUGUGUUUGCAUUUCAGCAAGUGACUUCUGGGAAGUCCCCGCCGCCCGGGGUUCUAUGAUAUUUGUAGGUGUCAGGGGCUCGGUCAGCCGGUGCCUCCACGUGUAGAGGACUUUCUUCAGGGCCUGCUGCUGCCGGGCCAGGGGGCCUGGCGGGCGGGCCGUGCCGUGGGCACACUUGCCUUUUGUGAAGGCGGAACUCAAGGUGUAUCCUCAUAGGAAAGAGUGUCAGCCUGGAUGGGCACAGAAGCACCAUGCAGAGCCGUGGCCGAAAGGCCCCUGCGUGCACUUGGUUGUCUAGUUGGGGCUCAUAGUGGGCUUUGUGGGGAGGGUGGGGGUCUCCACCAUGAUCCUCAAAGGAUCCCUGUGCGUGGGUGGGCGCACGUGGGCAUGACUUUGUACUCGGAAUUUGAACCGUCCGUCCCGUGGGCACCCACGGGCUGGCUCUGCAGAUUUCCAAUAAAA